UGUCGCCAAGAUUUUUCCCAGGUGGCAACCACCAGAAGAGUGGGCCCUCUCUUGUGCACAGGUGCCCCGGAGGAUUCAGCCGUCCCUCACUGGGGGCCAGCUGGGUUUGUUCUGAAGGAUGCAGGAAAACACAGUUGACCAGCCCCCUUCACUCUCUCAGAUGCUGCGAGAGAGCUACCUGGCCGAGGCCCGAGCUCAGCAGCGCCACACUGAGAUGAGUCGUUCAGACGCCUCUUCCUCUCGACUUCAGAUCUACGGAUCGCUCAAGGGAAAGCCAGAAGACUCUCGGGCACACGGUGAGAACCAGUUCACCGACCUGUCAGCGUUUCUCAGCCAAGAAGAGCUGGAUAAAAGUGUCAAUCUGGCUCGCCAAGCCAUCGGGCAUGAGCCACGUGAGGUCGACGUCAAGACCUGUGUGACCCCUGUGAGCUACUCUGCAGCUUUAGUUUCCCCUUCAUCACCCUCUUCUGUCACCUUCACUGACCCUGCCACACCUGCUGCCCCCGCCACCGCGACCUUUCCACAGCCUGCUCCUGAAGAACUGUCUGCAGCACACACAACAUCCACACCAAACAGGAAAAUGCAUGGCUCUUUCUCUGCACGACAGGACAAUGUGAUGAGAAACAGCAGAGAACCUGGCGAAGGAGUCAACGACAGGUCAACGAGGAGCGCACCGUAUGGUCUUGAGACCCAGUCCAAGAAGGAGUUCCUAAACAAGGCAGCAGAUUUCAUCGAGGAGCUGUCCUCGCUCUUCAAGGCCAACAGCUCCAAAAGAGUUCGACCGAGAUCGUGCAAAGCCCACCGGACUAAAAUCAAGAGCCAAAGCGAUGAAACAGUUUAUCCUUCCAGCCCAGACAACCGGGAGCGCUCAAUCGUACAUGUGGAAGAGGAGAAGGACAGAGUCAGUCCAGUUCUUAGUCAUCAACCGCUCAUCCAACUGGACGCCGGGGCAGGAUAUCAGGAGUCUCAUGAUCGCAGCAGUACAGAGGAGCUCCAUGACUCUCAGGAGAUGGAGGAGGCCGAGAGAACCGAAGCGCCCAGUUACUCCACAGAGCCUGUUUGUGAGCCUCCCACCUUCAUCCAGAAACUGAAAAGCAGGGAGGUUCCUGAAGGCAGCAAGGUCCAGCUGGACUGCAUCGUGAGAGGAAUGCCUGUCCCUGAAGUCAGGUGGUUUUGUGAGGGGAAAGAGUUGGAGAACAGUCCAGACAUCCAGAUCCUCACAAAUGGAGAGCUCCACUCUCUGAUCAUCGCAGAAGCGUUUGAGGAAGACACGGGACGGUACUCCUGCUUUGCUUCUAAUUUCUACGGCACAGACUCCACGUCUGCUGAAAUCUACAUUGAGGGUGCGUCUUCUUCCGAUUCAGAAGCAGAUCAUCACGUUGAACACGUAGCACACUCGCCACUGAAGUCAAUACCAACAUCGACAGAGACCACUGAUACUUGUCGCCCCACUCAACUCGACACAUCCCCUGAGGAAGAACCAAGUGUACACAUAAGUGACACAGUCUCAGAAUUUCAUCCACCUCUCCAGACCACUGUCGCAUCUCAAAAGCAAGACAUCCAAGGGCGAUUAGCUCCACCUGAAGGAGCUGAGAGUGACACAUCAGACUUUCCUCUGCAGAGUAUUGCAUCUGCAUCACCAGGUGAGACUAAAGUCAUCGAAACCCCGGAGUCCUGCACGCCUCCCUCAGUCACCUCUGCACCAGAGAGCACCUCCUCCACUCAGAACUCUGUAGUCUCACUCCAGCUGAUUCCCACGUCUCAACCUGAGAAUCAAAGUCUAAACAGCAUGUUCAUGCCAGGAUUAAAUGGACAAUCUGUCAUGGCUGCACCAGUUUUCACCAAGAGCCUGCAGGACAUCCAUGCAUCUGAAGGCCAGCUGGUGGUGCUAGAGUGCCGUGUGAAGGGAGCGCCUUCCCCUCGGGUGGAUUGGUACCAGGAGGGAAGAAUCAUCACAGAUUCUCCUGAUUUCAGAAUUCUCCAGAAAAAGCCCAGAUCUCCAGCUGAACCAGAAGAAAUCUGCACGUUGGUCAUUGCUGAGGUUUUUCCCGAAGAUUCAGGGCUGUUUACGUGCACCGCUAGCAACAAGUAUGGCACUGUGUCAAGCACAGCAACACUAAAUGUCAAAGGAAAUGGUAACCACGACCAACAUGCAAGGCUGGUGGGGAGUUUGACUGUGGAGCCCAGUCCACUCCAACAACUUCCUCCAUCAUACGUCCCAGUUCAAAGAGAGGCGACAAACAGCAUCAAACCUCACUCCAGCACCAUCCGACUGGAUCCAUUACUCACCAGCACGAUACGUUUGGACCCCUUGAACACCAGUUCUCUUCGCCUGGACCCUCAGAGUUCCAGUGUCCUGCGGCCAGAUCCACAGUACCCAAACCUACCAGUUCUCGAGCCAACAAGUGGGUCUAACUUUAACCAUCCGAUUACCCCCACCCUGGAUCCUUCCAGUCACAACCAGGACCCUGCUGAUGCCUACACCGGAGCCCAGAACAGGGUGCAGAUGUUCUCCUACCCGAAACCCUAUGUUGCCCCAAGUGUCGAUGAGCAGAGCUCACCAGAGAGGAGUUCCAGAGAUAAAGGAAUGACCGACCAACAAAACGGAAGCAUAGUUGUCAUCCCCCUCCCUGACCCACCUGCUAACUCGUGUCUGAAGUCGGGAACGCUGACCAACCACAGGGAUUCUCGCUCCAGCAAAAGGCGCGUGCACUUCAAGCUGCCAGAGGACGAGGAGGACGAACAAAGUGAUGCGUCCGGUCAAUCUGAGGAAGACAACAGUGAUGGGCUGUCAAGCAAAGAACCACCACCAGUGCUGGCCAAACCCAAACUGGACCCAGCUCAGUUGCAGCUCUUGCACAACCAGGUUCUCCUGGAGCAGCAGCAAGAGACGGAACCGCCGACCCAAACUCAUACCCAGGUCCACGCUCAACCUUCAUUCCUGAACAAGCCUGAGGUCCAAGCAUCACAUGCAACACCACCGUGGUCACAGAGCGUGCAUCAGGAUCCUCCUCAGCCAAAAACUUUGCCAUCCAAAGUGAACGUGACCACGACUCCACAACCCGCCCCUGCGUCUGCACCUCCACCGAUCACCCGCCCUCCUGCUCAGACCUCUAGUGGAGGACUAAACACAACAUAUUCACCCGUGUUUUGUACCUCACCUGCUCCUCAUUUCAGUUCUCCUCCAUCUAUUCCACAAUUCCAGACCUCCACGCUGAUUACGUCCCCUCCACCAGUGCCACAGCUGAGCACUGCUCCUCCCAGCACAGCAUCAGUAACCCAGUUUAACACCAUCCACGCGUCACACCUCAACAUCUCUUCCUCUGUUCUCUCCCAAACUGCACCCAUACCCCAGUUCUUCACCCCUACCAUGCCUAAACUUAGUGUAGUCCCCACAGAGUCAACAGCUGCUUCACAGCAAGUGACAUCACCUGCUGCUCUGCUGAGAAGCACCCACGCCUCGCUCAUGAACCUGACUGCCACGUCUCACUCCUUCAAUUACACGCGACCAAAGGAGUUUAUCGCUGCUCAGACAUUUUCACCAGUUCGGAGCCCAUCCCCAACAGAAUCUCCGGUUCCUUUGCUCCAGGAGCUGGCAGCAGAGCUCAACUCCUCUGCAGCCAGCUCCCCCACCCUUCCACCAUUUUCACCACCACCCAGGUUUUUUCCAACAAGGGUGCUGAAAUCUCCAACCAGCCCCCCUUCGCUUGUAUCCUCACCAACUCCUGGGUCGAUGCCGCUCAUGAACAGUGUGUUUGCUCUCAGAGCCCAGUCUCCGCCACAGGCCUCCUCACCCACCUCCAGCAGCUCCACGCCCAGCCCCAUCCAGAACCCAGUGGCCUUUCUGAGCUCAGUCCUGCCAUCACUCACUCCUACACACCAAACCAACUCAAUGGGCUUGCCCAAGGGGGCUCCAGUUGGGGUUCAUAAAAAAGCACCGAAACUGCGACCUCAGUCCACCCAAGAACUUCGAGAAAGCAGAGAACUACUACUGCAUGACAUUGAGAAAAAACUUCAAUUCAAAGACAACUAUUUCCCAUAUCAACAGAAGCUGAGUAAUGAGGGGAAAACAGCAAGCAGACAUCUUGGACCAAACAUUCCUGCUACUGUCUUUAACUAUGAUGAGGAGUACAAGGUGUCUAACUUUGAGCAGAGACUCAUGAGUGAGAUUGAGUUUCGUUUGGAAAGAACGCCAGUGGAGGAAUCAGAUGAUGAGGUGCAACACGAUGACAUCCCCAGAGGAAAAUGCAUUGCUCCCAUUUUUGACAAGAAACUGAAGAACUUUAAAGCCUCUGAGGGCGUUCCAGUCACACUCUCUUGCAAAAUUGUAGGAAUACCUGUUCCGAAGGUUUACUGGUUUAAAGAUGGCAAACAAAUCCUGCGAAAGAACCUUCACUACAAGAAGGUAAGAGAAGGUGAUGGCACCUGCGCCCUACACAUCGCGUCAACGAACAGCGAUGAUGAUGGCAACUACACUGUCAUGGCAGCAAAUCCUCAGGGUCGAAUCAGCUGUUCGGGUCACUUGAUUAUCCAAACAGGACCUCCUAGACAUCGGCUAACACCAAUCCACUCUCAGAGGGUGCGAACACGCAUACAGGAAGUUGAGGUUGAGCAAACCCAGGAGCGUUCCUUCCGACCCCACUUUCUCCAAGCUCCUGGUGACAUGUUGGGACACGAGGGUGGACUUUGUCGUCUUGACUGCAAGGUUAGUGGCCUUCCCAGUCCGGAGCUAAUGUGGUUGGUGAAUGGUCGGCCUAUCUAUCCAGACCAAUACCACAAGAUGCUGGUCCGGGAAAACGGCAUGCACUCACUGGUCAUUGACCCUGUCACUCAAAAAGAUGCUGGGACAUACACCUGCAUUGCAUCUAACAAAGCUGGACAGAGCUCCUUCAGUCUGGAUCUAACAGUCGUAGAAAAAGAAACAAAACACCCACCUCGGUUUGUAGAAAAGCUACAGAAUAUGGGUAUCCCUGAGGGAACUCCCGUCCGCCUUGAGUGUCGAGUGCAAGGAAUGCCUCCUCCAGUUAUAUUCUGGAAGAAAGACAAUGAGACCGUUCCCAAAACCAAGAAUCGAAUGAGCAUGCAGCAGGAUACCACAGGAUACGUGUGUCUCCUUAUUCAGCCAACUACAAAAGACGAUGCUGGUUGGUACACAGUGUCAGCCAAAAAUGAGGCUGGAGUCGUAUCUAGCACCUGCAGGCUCGAUAUCUAUGCACAAUGGCACCAGAGCAUCCCAACACCCAUGAAAAAGGUUCAACGUCCUGGUAGCCGCUACGCAGCACUGACAGGCCAAGGACUCGACAUUAAGUCUUCCUUCCCCACGUCUGACACCAACCCAAUCUUGUUCUCCAGCUCUCCUCCUGAGGCCACUCUGGAGAGCGAGGAGCUGUGAUGGAAACUCGCCUGGACUGUUGUGAUUUUUGAGAUGUGUGUGACGUGAGACAUUCAGAAUCAAAUUAAACUGAACCAUAGUUACAUCUGCUCUCUGCUCAGAGCCACUACAGUUGCAAAGUCUUAGCGUCAUGAGCCAUUAUUGCUGUAGAAUAAGUCACGUUUGUUUUUCUUGAUCACAUUUUUGCUUGGUGCUUUUUAAUUCAAGCAAACAUCUGUGUACUUUAAUUUCAAAUGCAGCACUGUAUAUGCGUUUUAAUGACAAUCAUAUACUCAUAUACUAGUUCAAUAAGUGCCUUUAUAAUCCAGCUAAUAUGUCCUCAGAAUGGUUCAGGUUAAGUUUAGAAAAUAAAUCAAAUGUAACAUGUGAACUCAUCAUUUUCUUACUCUCACUCUCGAGUCAGGUCAGGCAGACAAAUCACCGGUUGAGAUUGCAGCCAUUUAAAAUGAUCAGAAUAAAUCAACAAAUCUAAAGGUGUCACUUUAAGUUGGAAAUAUGUACAUAGCCAUGAUUUAGCAAAUUUAAAAAAUUGAAAUUGUCUUUUGUAAGUAAUGUUUUUUUUUCCUAGAUCCAACACAGUUACACUACUUAUUGUUUAUCAUUGGACCACUUGCUGAGGCUAAUUCAAACAUGUUCAAGUCCUGAAAGUAGAUUUGAAUUUCCUGUCUCUCGGGUCCUGUUCUUGCAGGAGUAUUCAUUUCUCUUUGCCAAAGUGCUUCUUCUCGACUUUUGAGAUGCUCUCAAAGUUUUACACACAGGAAAUAGAUAUCAUUAAUGGUUAAAUCUGGUUAAAUAUCAAAUAUUAUGUCACUAAAUGACACCAACAAGUCAUCUAUUGGGAUGAUUAUGGAGCCGAAUAAAGCUAAU